AUGGAAGCGUCGACGAGCUCAUCGUCUGGCACGUUGAGCCGGCUCGACAUGCCCGCACUGGACCCUGCCCACCCACGCGAAGCGUCUGCGUCUAUGAGCGAGGACACUGAGAAACGGCCGAACAUGGAGCGGGAUAUGUCAAAGUACCCGCCUACGUCGCAGGCCUCGUCGUCUGCGUAUUUCUUGGACCAUGAGGCGGAAGAGCGUGGGGCGUUUUUGCCGAGAAGGGUUACCAAGGCGUGGAACGGCGCUUGGAGGCGGAUAGAGGUUAGGCAUCCGAGGGUGCAUCGAGUCGGAAUGUGGCUAUGGGGUCCCAGGCCAAAGGUUGAUCCACCCCCACCAAAUCCCUGGAUAUUCCAAGUGCACUGGAAAGGCCACACCUACGGCCGCCUGCUCGAACCGACCUUCACGCGCUACACACGACACCUAACGCACCCAUACCUCUUCAUAAUCCUCGUUGCGGCAUAUAUUAUCUCCCUCGCAUUCUUCUCUCGCGCCCAAUCCUUCUUCACACCUGCGGAAUCCUACAUUGACUGCACGUCGACAUAUUGGCUCGCCAAUGCCGGCUGCGGACUGGACGGAGAUAGUUGUGGGCCAUUCGAUUUCGGAGAGGCCAGCGCUUUCGACUUCAGGUGUCCGGCGCAGUGCAAGGGCGUGGAGCUGGCGAAUCCGAGGUUUAUUGGGAAUGAGAGUAUCGAGUUCGUGCCAUUGAUCGUCGGCGGAGGAGACGCGGAUGGAACGUACCGAGGCGACAGCUUUAUCUGUGCAGCGGCAGAGCAAGCCGGAUUGAUAUCCGACUCGAAAGGCGGCUGCGCUCGCCUCGAGCUGGUCGCCAACUUCACCGACUUCAUCCCUUUCACCGCGCACGGUCUAUCUAGCAUCGGCUUCCCCUCGCAGUUCCCUGUCUCCUUCCGCUUCUCAGACUCGACACCCCUCUCGCACUGCACGGACCUGCGCAACCCAGCCCUGGCCUUCAAUGCCAUAAUCACCUUCAUCCUCUUUGCCCUCUUACGACCCAAACCCGUCGUCCUCUUCUGGUGCUUGGUGUGCAUCGGGUUCUGGCAUAUAACGCUAUUCAGCCAGCCGAGGUCAAACCCGCCUGAUCUCGCCGACGCAUUCGGGACGUUCCUGCCCGCGCUAUUUGUCUGCUACGCCUUCUGGCGCUUAGCAUUCCGCUUUACACUCCCUGCCAUCCUCUCGCGCACACCACUCGAAGGCGCAAUACUCUACCUCCUCCCAUACUGGGUUACCGUCCUCAACAACCUCACCAUCGACCGCAUCCCCAUCUCGCGUCUCACGCCCGAAGACAUCCGCGCCCAACCGGGCGGUAUAACGGCCCUCAUCAUAAUCAUCAUCGUCCUCUUCUUCGUCGUGAUCAAUCAAGUCCGCGUCAUCGCUCGCACAGGAUGGUUACCGUACUACUUGGGAUGGUAUAUCGCCGGAGGACUCGUUGCGCUGGUGUUGGCGUUGCUGCCGACGUUGAAUCUGCGGGUGCAUCAUUAUUUUAUCGCGAUGGUGCUUAUGCCGGGGACGGCGUGGCCUACGCGGUUGAAUGCGAUAUAUCAGGGAUUUUUGUUGGGGUUGUUCUUGAAUGGAGUGGCGGCGUAUGGCUUCGACUCGAUCUUGCAGACAGCUGCUCAGCUGCAACGCGAUGCCGCCCUAAACACCGAUACACCCGUCUUCCUGACCAACUCAUCAACAUUCAACGCCGCCCUACCACUAGCGAACCAGACCAUUUCAUGGGCAGGAUUGCCAGAUGGAGAAGGCUGGGACGGAUUUGCCCUGUUAGUUGACGAUGUUGAGCGAUACGCUGGCGCGGCGCUUAACUUCUCGCUUUCGGCGUUAACGGAGGGCAUACCUCAUUUCUUCCGUAUCGCGUAUACGAGUGGUGGGACACCGGGAGGGUUCACCAGGGCCGCGACGUUGUUGGCGAACGGGACGUGGAUAGACCCGCUACCGGGUACCACAUAG